UCUGGUGACAGUGCUCGCUUGGCUGUACGACUCGAUCUAGGUUUUGCGGCACGGGAUGGCGGAGGCGCCUCCUGUCUCAGGUGGUGAAGCCCAGUAACUGGGUUUAGGAGGAGAAGAGGACUUGUCCCGGCGCUGCAAGUCGGUGUGGGUGUACUGCCCUCCCACAGGCUCUUUCUGGGGCAGCGGCGCACUGACCUUCGACAGGCGGGCGUCGGCCAGGUCACAGCCCGUGACGGUGGCGGGCUCUUGACGUGUAGGGUGUGGUGUGCUCAUACUGCCUGGAGUGGUGGCGUGGGCGCGAGCCGAACUCCAGUAGUUUAGAGUCUCAGCCUGCUGCGAACCUAGUGUGACUCAGUCUCAGUCUCCUCAUCUGUCAGGUACUUUUAAAUUCAAUACAGAUGCUGCUGAAUUCAUUCCUCAGGAGAAAAAAAAUUCUGGUCUAAAUUGUGGGACUCAAAGGAGAUUAGACUCUAAUAGGAUUGAUAGAAGAAAUUACAGUUCACCACCUCCCUGUCACCUUUCCAGGCAGGUCCCUUAUGAUGAAAUCUCUGCUGUUCAUCAGCAUAGUUAUCAUCCUUCAGGAAGCAAACCUAAGAGUCAACUGAUGUCUUUCCAGUCCUCUCCUUAUAAUAAAUCGCCCAAGAGCCAUGGCCUUCAGAGUCAACCUUGGCAGAAAUUGAGGAAUGAGAAGCACCAUAUCAGAGUCAAAAAAGCACAGAGUCUUGCUGAGCAGACCUCAGAUACAGCUGGAUUAGAGAGCUCUACCAGAUCAGAGAGUGGGACAGACCUCAGAGAGCAUAGCCCUUCUGAGAGUGAGAAGGAAGUUGUGGGUGCAGAUCCCAGGGGAGCAAAACCCAAAAAAGCAACACAAUUUGUAUACAGCUAUGGUAGAGGACCAAAAGUCAAGGGGAAACUCAAAUGUGAAUGGAGUAACCGAGCAACUCCAAAACCCGAGGAUACUGGACCCGAAAAUACCAAACCCGUGGGGGUUUUCCACCCUGACUCUUCAGAUGCAUCCUCUAGAAAAGGAGUAUUGGAUGGGUAUGGAGCCAGACGAAAUGAGCAGAGAAGAUACCCACAGAAAAGGCCUCCCUGGGAAGUGGAGGGGGCCAGGCCACGACCAGGCAGAAAUCCACCCAAACAGGAGGGCCACCGACAUGCAAAUACAGGACACAGAAACAACAUGGGCCCUAUUCCAAAGGAUAACGUCAGUGAAAGACCAGCAAAAUCUACUUGUGACAGUGAGAACUUGGCAGUCAUCAACAAGUCUUCCAGGAGGGUUGACCAAGAGAAAUGCACUGUACGGAGGCAGGAUCCUCAAGUAGUAUCUCCUUUCCCCAGAGGCAAACAGAACCACGUGCUAAAGAAUGUGGAAACGCACACAGGUUCUCUGAUUGAACAACUAACUACAGAAAAAUACGAGUGCAUGGUGUGCUGUGAAUUGGUUCGCGUCACGGCUCCAGUGUGGAGUUGUCAAAGCUGUUACCAUGUGUUUCAUUUGAACUGCAUAAAGAAAUGGGCAAGGUCUCCGGCAUCUCAAGCAGAUGGCCAGAGUGGUUGGAGGUGCCCUGCCUGUCAGAAUGUUUCUGCACAUGUUCCUAAUACCUACACUUGUUUCUGUGGCAAGGUAAAGAAUCCUGAGUGGAGCAGAAAUGAAAUUCCACAUAGCUGUGGUGAGGUUUGUAGAAAGAAACAGCCUGGCCAGGACUGCCCACAUUCCUGUAACCUUCUCUGCCAUCCAGGACCCUGCCCACCCUGCCCUGCCUUUAUGACAAAAACAUGUGAAUGUGGACGAACCAGGCACACAGUUCGCUGUGGUCAGGCUGUCUCAGUCCACUGUUCCAACCCAUGUGAGAAUAUUUUGAACUGUGGUCAGCACCAAUGUGCUGAGCUGUGCCAUGGGGGUCAAUGCCAGCCUUGCCAGAUCAUUUUGAACCAGGUAUGCUAUUGCGGCAGCACCUCCCGAGAUGUGUUAUGUGGAACCGAUGUAGGAAAGUCUGAUGGAUUUGGGGAUUUCAGCUGUUUAAAGAUAUGUGGCAAGGACUUGAAAUGCGGUAACCAUACAUGUUCGCAAGUGUGUCACCCUCAGCCCUGCCAGCCAUGCCCACGGCUCCCCCCACUGGUGCGCUGUUGCCCCUGUGGCCAAACUCCUCUCAGCCAAUUGCUAGAACUUGGAAGUAGUGGUCGGAAAACAUGCAUGGACCCUGUGCCUUCAUGUGGAAAAGUGUGCGGCAAGCCUCUGCCUUGUGGCUCCUUAGCUCUUUUCGUUUUUAUUAAAGAUUUCAUUCAUACCUGUGAAAAGCUCUGCCAUGAAGGAGACUGUGGACCAUGCUCUCGCACAUCAGUUAUUUCCUGCAGAUGCUCUUUCAGAACAAAGGAGCUUCCAUGUACCAGUCUCAAAAGUGAAGCAGAUGCUACAUUUAUGUGUGACAAGCGGUGUAACAAGAAACGGUUGUGUGGACGGCAUAAAUGUAAUGAGAUAUGCUGUGUGGAUAAGGAGCACAAGUGUCCUUUGAUUUGUGGGAGGAAACUCCGUUGUGGCCUUCAUAGGUGUGAAGAACCUUGUCAUCGUGGAAACUGCCAGACAUGCUGGCAAGCCAGUUUUGAUGAAUUAACCUGCCAUUGUGGUGCAUCAGUGAUUUACCCUCCAGUUCCCUGUGGUACUAGGCCCCCUGAAUGUACCCAAACCUGCGCUAGAGUCCAUGAAUGUGACCAUCCAGUAUAUCAUUCUUGUCAUAGUGAAGAGAAGUGUCCCCCUUGCACUUUCCUAACUCAGAAGUGGUGCAUGGGCAAGCAUGAGUUUCGGAGCAACAUCCCCUGUCACCUGGUUGAUAUCUCUUGCGGAUUACCCUGCAGUGCCACGCUACCAUGUGGGAUGCACAAAUGUCAGAGACUCUGUCACAAAGGGGAGUGUCUUGUGGAUGAGGCCUGCAAGCAGCCCUGCACCACCCCCAGAGCUGACUGUGGUCACCCAUGUAUGGCACCCUGCCAUACCAGCUCACCCUGCCCUGUGACUGCUUGUAAAGCCAAGGUAGAGCUACAGUGUGAAUGUGGACGAAGAAAAGAGAUGGUGAUUUGCUCUGAAGCAUCUAGUACUUAUCAAAGAAUAGCUGCAAUUUCCAUGGCCUCUAAGAUAACAGACAUGCAGCUUGGAGGUUCAGUGGAGAUCAGCAAGUUAAUUACCAAAAAGGAAGUUCAUCAAGCCAGGCUGGAGUGUGAUGAGGAGUGUUCAGCCUUGGAAAGGAAAAAGAGAUUAGCAGAGGCGUUUCAUAUCAGUGAGGAUUCAGAUCCUUUCAAUAUACGUUCUUCAGGGUCAAAAUUCAGUGACAGUUUGAAAGAAGAUGCCAGGAAGGACUUAAAGUUUGUCAGUGACGUUGAGAAGGAAAUGGAAACCCUCGUGGAGGCCGUGAAUAAGGGAAAGAAUAGUAAGAAAAGCCACAGCUUCCCUCCCAUGAACAGAGACCACCGCCGGAUCAUCCAUGACCUGGCCCAAGUUUAUGGCCUGGAGAGCGUGAGCUAUGACAGUGAACCAAAGCGCAAUGUGGUGAUCACUGCCGUCAGGGGGAAGUCCAUUUGUCCUCCUACAACGCUGACAGGUGUGCUUGAAAGGGAAAUGCAGGCACGGCCUCCACCACCAAUUCCUCAUCACAGACAUCAGUCAGACAAGAAUCCUGGGAGCAGUAAUUUACAGAAAAUAACCAAGGAGCCAAUAAUUGACUAUUUUGAUGUCCAGGACUAAGAUCAAGGUGUACUUAGAUAAAAGAAUGAUUAGGUGUAGUGAGGACUCAUUUGCCAGCAGAUAAAUCAUGCCUGUUUCCCUCUGCCUGGCAGAAUCAGUCUCACAUACUGUCUUGUACUGACACAUCCAAAGCAUGAGUGUGUCAGAAUCGCUUGUCUAUUCCUAUCUGUAUAAAAUGUUUCAUUAUGACCAGAUCUCUGACUGUAUGGUCACUAGGUAUACAAUCGUGUAUUCAAAGAGGCUCUUCACACCAUCACUGUGAUUGCUCUGAGAGUUGGGGGACUAUUGGGUUUUAUUUGGACAAACCAUACUUUUAGCCUGAAACCAACUUUAUGCCACUAAGUUAUAGCCUCAGUUGUCCCAGUUAUUUGUUCUCCUGAAAAUGCCUGAAACAUCAGACAGACAUUGCUUGCUUUACCCAAACUGAUUAAAAUCUUUAGGAGCACAAAUGAAUUUCUUAGUCUGAAAUACCAAAUAAUGAAUUGGUAUACCAUAUCUGGAAUCACACAUGUUGUCUUAAACCCAGCCAUCUUACCUAAGUCUUUUGCCAAAACCUCUCGUAGGUAUAUCUAGCUGAACUUACUUUAGCGUUUCCCAGUGUGAUCAGUUCUAGACCUAGAAGGGGUCUAGAACUGCUUUACAGAAUUCCAUUUCCUUAAGUCCCCUGGCACUUCUCGUAUCACAUCACUGAACCUGUUCAGUAACAAUCAGUUUGGCCGUCCCCCAUGAUGGUAGGGGAUAUAUAGAGCAAGUUCUUCUGCCAGGUUCACACUGUGGUCUCUGAACCGACCAGUAUAUCCCUAACUCCUCUCUGAUAGAGAAAGAGUCUCAAAUGGACAACUGUCCUGUAUUGCUUUUCCCUAGGCCUUCAGCAGCCAUAUUGGCUCUCCCUGCCUCUGAGCUCUGGACUCUGUUUGAAUAUCCUAAGUAGUGUAUGGAUAGUUGAGGGCUUAUGCCCAACAGCCCACUGGAGGCAUUCUUCAGGCUCCUUUAAGGCAGAUGCAUUGAUAGUUCCAUUAGUAUGACCCUUGCAUUGGCACCCCUCCAGCCUGGAGGCCAGGCUUCCAGCAACUUCAUUCUGCCCAGAACAAGCCACAAGCCCCAGAGCAACAGCAGGAGACUUGAGAAGUAGAGUCACGAAAACAAGCACUUAAUUAAAUUACAAAAUUUAACUUUA